AUGGCAUUGUCCAUUCCCACAACCCGCAUGGCCACCACUACCGUUGUCAUCUCAUCCAUCCUUCUCCUCCUACUCUUUCUUCCCACCUCUUACUGCUCAGAAAACUGCAACUCAGCCAUCCCAGGCUCUGAUAUAGAUCUCUUAGAGUUCCCUUUAAAUUUAGAGUAUUUGGAAGCAGAGUUCUUCUUAUGGGGAUCUUUAGGUUAUGGGUUGGAUAGCAUAGCUCCCAAUCUCACCAUGGGCGGUCCACCACCGGUUGGCACCACCAAGGCCAGACUUGACCCUUUCACGAAGGACGUUAUCCUCCAAUUCGCCUUCCAGGAAGUCGGUCACUUGAGGGCCAUCAAGAACACAGUAAGAGGAUUUCCAAGGCCACUGCUGAAUCUGAGUGCAGAAGCAUUUGGGAAUGUGAUGAAUAGUGCAUUUGGAAGGGCAUUGAAGCCAGCUUUCGAUCCAUAUGCUAAUGAACUAAACUUUCUUCUUGCAUCCUAUGUUAUUCCCUAUGUUGGACUCACUGGAUAUGUUGGUGCAAAUCCAAAACUCCAAAGCCCCAUUUCCAAAAGGCUAGUGGCUGGGCUUUUGGCCGUAGAGUCGGGCCAAGAUGCAGUUAUCCGAGGACUUCUUUACGAGAGGGCAAGGGAGAAGGUGAAGCCAUAUGGAAUCACAGUGGCAGCAUUCACCGACCGCAUCUCAGAGCUACGAAAUAAGUUGGGAAGUGCAGGCGUAAAAGACGAAGGCCUUAUCAUUCCAACUUUCCAAGGAGCCGAGGGAAAGCUUAGGGGUAAUGUUCUUGCUGGGGAUCAAAAUUCUGUUGGAUAUGAUAGAACCCCAGAGGAGAUAUUACGGAUUAUAUAUAGCAGCGGAGAUGAGCAUGUCCCUGGUGGCUUUUACCCAAAGGGAGCUGAUGGUAGAAUUGCAAAAUCACAUCUACCAUCUGCAUAAUGAUGAGGCUUCAAAUAAGUAGGAUCUAGUAGAGGCAUUGCACUGAAUCCUCUGUUUUCAAAAUUCUUAAAACUAGCAAAUGUUGGUGUCAAUAAGCUUCACUCUCUUAAGUAUUAUGUAGCACAGUCGAAUGUAAUGAGUAUGGUUCUUCCAUUAUGGUAAAAAUGAUAGGUCAUUGUGUAAAAUUUCACUCUCUUUUAAAAAAUUUC